CUCUCCUCUUUCUUCGGUUUCUCUCUUUCUGGUCUGGUUGGCAAGCUUGAAAAGCAAACAAACUGACGUUUAACCCAAAAGGGGCUCGCCUUCUCUCUCUCUCCCCCUCUAAUUCUCACCGAGACACUUCAGUAUAUGAACCCCAAGAUGAUUAUGUUCAUCAAGCAACAAAACGAAAACAAUUGACUCGCCUGAAAGUGAUUGCGCGCGAAAAUGAAAAUGGUGCAGCAGGGGCUUGCUGGAGAGGAAGAGAUUGGGAACUCCGCUGGACGGACGGUGGUGGUGGGUGUGAAGAUGGACUCUCAAAGUAGAGAGUUGUUGACUUGGGCUUUGGUUAAAUUAGCAGAGCCUGGUGAUACAGUGAUUGCUCUUCAUGUACUUGGCAGGAAUGAUAUUGUGGAUCGAGAUGGCAAGUCUUCGCUGCUCUCUCUUGUCAAGGCAUUUGAUUCUGUUCUAGCUGUCUAUGAUGGCUUCUGCAACCUGAAACAGGUGGAUCUGAAGCUUAAGAUAUGUAGAGGUUCUUCAAUUCGAAAAAUCCUAGUUCGUGAGGCAAAAUCUUAUUCUGCUUCAAGGGUUAUAGUGGGAACUAGCCGGACUCACCGUACAAUCUGGUCUUCCACAUCUGUGGCUAAGUACUGUGCCAAAAAACUGUCAAAGGCUUGUUGGGUUCUUGCUGUAAAUAAUGGGAAGGUCAUGUUCCAACGAGAGGGCUCCCCAGGAACAGAAGAUCACCGACAUAACAGUUUGUUUGAUGCAAUUCACAGGUCUAUAUCAUUGAAUAAAAAUUCCAAAGUACUAAAUGAUACUGGCGCAAUCACAACGCAAAAGCCGAAUGAUGAUCAGGGUAAUGCUCAGAAUUUGCAAGAGGCUCUAAUAAAAGCCAGAUUAAAUGGUAGUGUUAAGGAUCAGAAUUGCUCCAUUUGUGGAUCAAUUCCUGCAUUGCCAGAUGGUUCUUGUAACCAAUCUGUAGAAGAGCCUUCUGCUGAUGAUGGUGGUGGAGACAAGUCUUUGGCUAUCGUACCAGCAAAGAAGGUGGAAGCAAGUUCAGGUUCCAUAUCUAUGUUAACCAGGCAAUUACCUGAAGUGAGACCUGGUUGGCCCCUACUUCGCCGUACAGUUGUAUCAGACCAACAAUUUUGUGAUAGAUCUUUAGUGAGGCAGAUCUCUGUGGUUCAAUGGGCGUUGAGGUUGCCCAGUCGACAGAUUUCAUCCCGAAUCAAUUUGGAUCGCAAACAAAUUUGUGGUGAUCAGGGCACAAUUCUAUCUUCCAAUUUGGAUGGGGAGAGUGGUGCAAUUGUCCCUGUGGGUACUGAGACAAUGACUGCUCCACUUUCGCCUGACGAAUCCUCUAUAGGCCUUCCAAAAGAAUUGGAUGGUCUUCAUGAGAAGUACUCAGCAAGUUGCAGAUUGUUCAAGUACCAAGAACUCCUCUCAGCCACAUCUAAUUUCUUGCCAGAAAAUUUGAUUGGGAGAGGAGGCAGCAGUCGGGUUUAUAGAGGGUGCCUUCCUGAUGGAAAGGAACUUGCUGUGAAAAUUUUAAAACAAUCAGAAGAUGUCCUGAAGGAGUUUGUUUUGGAAAUUGAGAUUAUUACUACCCUACAUCACAAGAACAUUAUUUCCCUUUUAGGAUUUUGUUUCGAGGACAACAAUCUCCUCCUGGUGUAUGAUUUUUUGUCGAGGGGAAGCCUUGAAGAAAAUCUUCAUGGUAAGAAGAAGGAUUCACUUGCCUUUGGUUGGAGUGAGAGGUAUAAAGUGGCUUUGGGAAUAGCUGAGGCUCUGGAAUAUCUGCACAGUUGCAGUGCACAACCUGUAAUUCACAGGGAUGUUAAAUCAUCGAAUAUAUUAGUAUCUGAUGAUUUUGAGCCACAGCUCUCUGAUUUUGGACUUGCUAAAUGGGCAUCUAUAUCAUCAUCACAUAUAACCUGCAGUGAUGUUGCAGGAACGUUUGGCUACUUGGCUCCUGAAUACUUCAUGUAUGGACAAGUAAAUGACAAAGUCGAUGUUUAUGCAUUUGGUGUUGUGCUUCUUGAGCUUCUUUCAGGAAGGAAGCCUAUAAGCAAUGAUCAUCCAAAAGGCCAAGAGAGCCUAGUCAUGUGGGCGAAACCAAUUCUAAAUGGUGGAAAGGUUUCCCAAUUGUUGGAUGCAAGUUUGGGCGAUAACUAUGAUCAUGACCAGAUGGAGAGGAUGGUUUUAGCUGCCACUCUUUGUAUCAGGCAUUCUCCUAGAUCUAGGCCUCAAGUGAGCCUUGUAUCGAAGCUACUACAAGGUGAUGACGAGGUAACUAAGUGGGCGAGGGUACAAGUCAGUGCAAUAGAAGAAUCUGACAUGAUCGACGGCAAGGCUUGUCCACCCUCUAAUCUCCAGUCCCAUCUUAAUGUUGCAUUGCUUGACAUGGAUGACGAUUCACUCUCCAUGAGCAGCCUUGAGCAUAGUAUCUCACUGGAGGACUACUUGCAAGGCAGAUGGAGCCGCUCAUCAAGCUUCGACUGACAACAUUACCAGCAAAGUGCAAGUCUGUGUCAUCUGCAUCACCUGGGGUGUGAUUCUUCCUGUAAAUCCUUUUGUUAGUAAUUUAGUUUCUCCCGUUGUCCUGGAAUGGCUUUUUGCCUAUUGAGUUGGUUUCUUACAGAUGGGUAUUGGAUGAGAGGUUGUUUGCUGGGUGUUCCCUCCUCCUUCCCUUGAUUGUAGUCCAUAUUUGUUUGGGAUGGUUUGUUCUUGUUUUUGUUUUUCUAUGGUCUGUAUAUUCUGAUCAAAAUCGAUCAGGAGCGCAAUUGUAAUCCUGGAAUAUUUGAUUGUGAUUCUGGAAAAUCUUCCUAUAAAAGUGAGGAGUAUGAUUGGAAGUUCUA